CUGAGCCGGUGGGGGGUGGAGUGAGUCGCUCUGGGUCAGUGUUUGUAACAGGAUGGGGUUGUCGGCCGACGAGCGAAGACCGAAAAAAAAACAUGCUGCUGUCCUGAGAGGUGAUGAGAAAUGAGCUUGAAGUGACUUCCGCUCUUCCCUAGACUCCGCCUCCUCCCCGUGACGUCACAGCUCCUUCCUGGAUCCUAGCGCCGCGUCCGUUCGCCUCCUGCUGGUCUAAGGGCGGCUGGCUGGCUGGCGUUUAUUCCACACGGCCGUUCCCCAGCGCGCGGGCUGCCUCUCCGCACUGCAGGACGCGAGGAAGUGAAAUGUGCUUCGACGAUCUGUGACAAGUUACGGCGUUAAUUAUCACGUCGUUCGCAUUUUUUUCAGUCGCGUUUGUUUUUUUUUGUGUUUUUUUCUUUACGGUUUUUUAUUUUUUUAUUCUUUUCCCCGUCAAGAGAUUCAUCUGCGGUGUGAUUUUCCUAUGAAUAAGAAGUGGAAUUUUGAUAAAAGGAGAGGAAUGUAAUAAGUGUUAUUUAGACACACUCUCAUCUCGUGUUGUGUUUCAAUGUUUUGUGAGUGUUUGUGUUCGAAUCCCUAGACGUCAUCAGUCGGGACUCCAUAUAAAAGAAAACAGAAAAGUCAUCGUGAAAGGAGAGAAAUAAAAAAAAUAAAAUAAAAUCCCGCGCUAAGUAGGAAGAUAAACACUGUGACGUCAUCGGGGGAAACAGAAUGACGUAGCGGAGAAGGAAUAUUACGUCACGAGCUUUAGCAUAAUAAAAGUGAUAUUCGAUUCCCUGCGAGACAACGAGUGCUUCGUGAAACUCGGAUUGUGAUUUCGAACCAAAGGAAUCAUCUGAGUUUUAAACAAGUGACUUACACACUACGCUGGAAUGAAGAAGUUCGCAGAUAAGUCAGGCUGGCUGAGGGUCGUGGUGUGUUGCCUCGCGCUCGUCGUCCACCACGGGCUGCGGGACGCCCUUAUCCCAGCGCUGCCCACGAUAGCCGCCCCUGAGGACGUCGAGUCGCCCACCACAGAGGCGUCUACUCCGGAGGCGUCCUACUCGAGCGCCGCGACAGACGUCACCAGCGCGACCACCGAUGUCACCACGGAUGUCCCUGGCAGUUCGAUCUCCACGACUUUCUCCUCCUCCUCCUCCUCCUCCUCCUCCUCCUCCUCCUCCUCCUCCUCCUCCUCUUCGUCCGCCUCGUUGUCGACGUCGAAACCCGUGAUCGACGCACUUUCUCCCGACGUGACCGCACCGCUGGUGGUUACCUCCUCCCCUGCGGUAUCGCCGGAGCCUAGCGAAUCUCUUUCUGCUGUUCCUCCUGAGCUCAAUUCCGUUCGCGCUGAUCCUUCGAAGGGAGUCGGGGCUUCUUCUGGAUCUCCUUCGGUCGAAGCGAGGCCCUUCGAGUCCAAUGCGGUGCUCGCGGAUCCCUCCGAGUCUCCUACAGUGCCUGUGGAUCCUUCUGAAUCCCCUACGGCGCCCGUGAGUCCUCAGGAUUCCCCUGCAGCGAAUGCCGACCCGGCGCUCCCCAGGAUUCCUGACCCCACACGGCGUCCCAACAGAAUAGUCAGAUCCUUAAUUUCCUCCCAGACCAUAUCCCCAAGUCGCCGCCCACCCACGCCACCGCAAUCCACGCCCGCAGACAGGCUCGUCUUGGACUCAACAGCUGCUCCGGAUCCUCCCGCAGACGACGUGUCUCCCGUGCUGAUCCUGGAGUCAGCCGUGAGGAAGGCCUCUCCUCCCGGCGCCGCGGCCUCCUUCUCCCUCCUCCCGGGCGACGGCGUGCUCGCUGCAGGCGGUGACCUCGCCGGGAGAAUCAGGAGCGUGUUCCGGCAAACGCUGGUGCGCGGGGUGCUCGCGGACGGCAAGCAGCUGCAGAAUGCCCUGGCGGAGGAACUCAAGCGGAACUCGUCCUCGUCCUCACGAGAGAAACCACUGAACGUGCUCAUCAACCGAAUCGACUUCUCGGGCGUCUGGUUGCGAUUGUCUGGCGAGCAAGGGCGCGACCAAGCGGGUGAAAGGAAUCCGGCCAUAAAAAACGUGGGCCUACAGGAAAGGUUCCUCCAGGACGGCAACAGCUGGUUACACGAGCUUCAGAAAUGGGAGUGGUUCUUCGGAGACUUGCCGAGGGAGGCUGGCUACUACGGACCCGAGAUGAAGGCUGGCUGGGGGCUGCUGGUCGAAGGGGCGGUGCUAAGCAGCGUCUACUGGGCGUGGCUUGUGACCGCCGCACUGGCUGAUAAGGUCGUCGACAAGGCAGGCGCGGGCGGUGUCCUGGCUGCUUCGGUGGGCGUGACGGGCGUCCUUGGACUCGUUACCCAUCCGGUGUCCCUAGCAGGUCCCUGGGCCCUGUUGGCGCUCAGGGUCGUUCAAGGGGCGGCUCAGGGCCUGAGCUUCCCCGCCAUCUUGAGAAUCCUCGAAGAUCUUCCAGAAUCUUCGCGGAACGUCGCUUCUCUGGUGACCUUCUUGGGUCCUUACCUGGGGACCUGUCUGGGCGUAGGACUAGGAAGCCUGGAGGACUGGUACGCGGCCACGUAUACCCUGGGUAGUGUGUCCUUGGCUCUUCUGCUGCCGUGCCUCCUGCUGCCGUCCGUCGAGGCCAACGUCCAUCAGAAUUUGGCGUGGCGACGCGUGCUGAAAUCCCGUGCAGUGUGGGCGUGUUUGGGCGUGCACGUUGCCAACACGUGGGUGAUGCAUUCUCUCCUAGUGGGCGUUCCCUUCUGCCUCACGUACUACAUUCAACAACCUUGUUAUAGAGGCUGGGGCACCGUGGCUGUCGUGAGCGCUGUCGCUGUCAUCUGUCGGCCCCUGGAGUUCUUUUCUCCUCGACUGGCUGAUAAGGGCCCGCUGUCGGGUCUGGAUCGGCGAAGGGCUCCUGUGUUGGCAGGCAGCCUCCUAGUGGUAACAGCUGUGAUCCUCAUGGCCACAAUCGGGCUGGAUUCCGCGGGCGUGCUGGUGGGCGUGGCGGCCGGGUGUGCUGGCGUGGGCGUCGGGCUGGUCAGAGUGGGCAACAGGCUUAACCUCGAGGACUUAGCUCCCCUCCAGCUGUGGCGUCUCGUUCACAUCUUCAACCUGACGGGGAUCUUAACUGCCGGCGUGGUUCCUGUGGUCCUGACGGCUUUCGCGCAGGCCGGAAAGAGCGGUUGGAUGGCUGUCUGGUUGGUGCCCCUCACGCUGGUGGUUCCUGCUGCUCUCCUGCACCUGUUCUGCCUCUCCUCCAAUGCCCAGUCUUGGGACCAGCCAGCGACGGGAUAUGACGGACCCGCCGCCCGCCCAGUCAGAGUGUCCACCAUCAGCGUAGGCGGGCUGGAAGGCGUGGGCGUGGGCGUGGGCGUUAUAGCCAAUGGACACGGCCCGCCCAAGGAGAUUAGGAGGUCGUUGAGGAGUCGACAGAGCUUCAAGAGCGCCAAGUCGGCUCUUACUUAUAAGACAGCGAUGUCCCGUCCAAGGGCGCGUUCUCUCUCCUGCAGGACGAUCGACGACGACUUGGAGGCCGACCUCAAGAGCGUCAUCGAGGAGGCCAGCGUCGAGUGUCGGAGUAUCGCGAUGGAGAGUGAGGUCGAGUGUCGAAGCGUGGCCUCGACCGUCUUCAAGAGCGAGUGCGACGACAUGUUCAGCGCCAUUGAAGGCACCGUAGGGGACGUCCAGCGGCGCGAUUUCCCCAACGCCCUCUAUAACGGCACCUCCUUAGACCGGACGACGGCGUGGCUGAGUUACCACUACUGCGUCGACAUGCCCCAGCGCUCUCUGUCUGUGCCCGGCUUCCCGACGAAGGAAGAGACGCGGAAGAGGAAUGUGGUGUUCGCGUUGGCUUGGUGACGAGGGAGAGAGAGAGAGAAGAGAGAAAAAAAAGGAAACGUCGAGUUUUGGUUUUGGUUGACGCGUGAGAGAAAAAAAAGAGGAACGUCGUGUUUUAUUUAGUUAUUUUUUUAUUUUAUUUAUUUCUUGAUUUAUUUUUGGGGGGUUGACGAGGAAGGUGGAUGGCGUGUUCUAUUUUUUGUUCGUUUUAUGUGACGAGGAUGGAAAAGAACGUCAUAUAUAUAUAUUUUUUUUGAGUUGGAUUAGUAUAGCUGGAAAAGGGACGUCGUAUAUACGUCGUGUUCUUGAGUUGGACUGACGACGCGGGAAGAAAAACGUCGUGUUUGGAUCCGUUUCCUGGCAACGAGAAGUGGAACGUCAUAUUUUAAUCUCGUUAAUCUCGAGGCCCAUCAAGGAAAAAUGCCGUGCUGGAGUUAGUUAGCUUGCAGAUGCUGCUUGAGGUAAUGACGCAACGUCUUAGGAACUAUUUUGGCGACGCAGGAGAAAAACGUCAGCGAAGAACGUAAGUCUGAUGAACGUCAGUGAAGAACGUAAGUCUGAUGAACGUCAGUGAAGAACGUAAGUCUGAUGAACGUCAGUGAAGAACGUAAGUCUGAUGAACGUCAGUGAAGAACGUGAGUCUGAUGAACGUCAGUGAAGAACGUAAGUCUGAUGAACGUCAGAGAAGAACGUAAAAGUCACGAAAGAAGGAAUUACGUCAUUGCGUUAUUCUGGCGACGCUUGAGAAGAACAUACGUUAAAAUAAGAACUUUAUUUUUGCGUUGUCAAGACGACGAGGUGACGCCAGAGGGAUUAGGGAUUGUUGUUAUGAUUGUUGUUUUAUUGUUAUUAUUAUUGAUAAUAUCAUCAAUAUGAUUAGUAUUAUCAUCACUGAUAAUAUCAUUGAUAUUGUUAUCAUUAAUACUAUUAUUAUUAUUAUUAUCACUAAUAUUAUUAUUAUUAUUAUUAUUUUCAUUACCAUUAUUAUUAUUAUUAUUAUCAUUAUUAUUAUCAAUUAUUAUCAUUAUUAUCAUUAUCAUUAUUAUUAUUAUUAUUAUUAUCAUCAUUAUUAUUAUUAUUAUUAUUAUUAUUAUUAUUGUUAUUAUCAUUAUUAUUAUUAUUAUAUUUAUCAAAAUUAUUUUCAAUGACGGAAGCAUGAAUUGGCCGGUCUGUUGACGAAGAGAACAAAUUAUUAUUAUUUUCUUGAUAAUAAUUUGCAGGACUGAAAAGAUGCAACUGAAAAGAGUGAUGUUUGCGAAGGAAGAAAUUGGCCAUCCUUUAGUGAUUGAAAAAAAUAAAUAAAUAGACAAGAGAAUAAGCAUAGACCGAUAAAUGUAUUUAAGAAGUAAAGGAAACAGUAGGAGACAGUUGUGUUGGAAAGAGGUAAUUGAUAACUUUAAGGGGCAUUAUAUAGUUCGAAAGGAAAUAGAGACGAUAAUUUUGAAGAGACAAAAAAAAAGAAAAGAAAAGAAAAAUGAAGGAAUUGAAGAAAAUAUGAACGAAAGGAAGUGCAGAAAAUGAAGGAGGAGACUAAAGGAAGAAGAAGAGGAAGAAGAAAAAAAACGUUAUCAAGAACUCUGAAAGCCGUGCCAAAAAUAUAUGAAAGAAAAUAUGGAACAGUAUAAUACGAUUUUUUGUUGUAUAUAUAUAUGUAGAAAAGGCGUAUAGCUCUCUGUGAUAGCGGAAACAUGUACAAUAUUGUUUAAUAAUGUUACUUGUAUUUUAUAAAUAUUUAUAUAGGUUUCAUUCUAACGGAUGUCAGUGCCUAUUAUAUACCUUUUUUCAUAAAAAAAUUAAAAUGUCAUACAAAAAUGUACCCAAAUGUCAUUAAUGUCUCAAUUAGGACACUAUGUAUUCCUUUGUUUACUGUUAAAAUGCAUAAAAAUGAUAAAAAAAAAUCAUUUAUGUAAACAUUUACGUUCAUGGUAUGUGAUAUAUAGAUAAAUGUUUGUUCACAGUGUAUUUUGCAAAGAACUGUUGUACCUUUGCCUAUGAACAUAUAUUUUGACAUGGGCAUUUUUUUUUACUCCAUGUUAAUAAUAAGAGGGACAAUAAAAGAAGAAUCUAUGAAACUAAAAUUAUAA